AAUAUUAAAAUACUGAUUGAAGGGAAGCCGUGUCAGAUGGAAGUGGACUCCGGCUCAUCAAAAUCCCUUCUUUCUUGGGACACUUUUUCUAUGUUGUGCCCCCACGUGAAACGUUGUCACUUGUCACCCCUUAACGCAAUUUUAACAGACUAUCAAGGCUCCCAUAUCUCUAUCCUAGGUUCAUAUGCCUUGAGGGUUUCUUAUGGCAAGUUUUGCGCUGUUUUACCUGCUUUAAUUGUUCAGAAACCUUUACCAGCAAUUCUGGGGUUAGAAUGGUUUUCUCCCUUGGGUAUCUCCCUUCAGGGGAUUCAUUCUACUGCGGACACGCCCCCAGACAUAGCAGCAGUCUUGUCAGACUAUGCUGAUAUCUUUGAUGGCCAGCUAGGCCAUUACAAAGGCAGCCCCAUAUCCCUUAGCUUGGACCCCCAGGUUGCACCAAUCAGACUGAAGGCCCGCAGGGUGCCCUUUGCAUUAAGGCCAAAGGUUGAAGCUGAGCUCGAUAAGCUCGUGGCGCAGGGCAUACUGGAGCCCGUCGACCACUCACCUUGGGAGACCCCCAUUGUGAUUGCGGUGAAGGCCGACGGCUCCAUUAGGAUCUGCGCCGACUAUAAGUCGACCAUCAACCUUGGCCUUCAGGCAAACCCCUAUCCAGUCCCUGUUGUACAGCACCUGCUCCAUUCCUUGGGGCAGGGCCGUAUUUUCGCUAAACUGGAUAUGGCGCAGGCCUACCAGCAACUCCCUGUGGAUGACGAUGCGGCGGCUGCCCAAACCAUCGUCACCCACCGGGGGGCUUUCCGUUGUCGCCGCCUUCAAUUCGGCGUUUCCGUUGCCCCGGGGAUUUUCCAGAGCCUCAUGGAACGUCUGCUCCAUGGGCUCCCUGGAGUGGUACCUUACUUUGAUGACGUCCUGAUCGCUGCUGACAGCCGCUCAGACCUCAUCAAAGUACUGAGGAAAGUCCUCGACCGUUUCAGGGGCGCGGGUCUUAAAUUUAAAUGCAGCAAAUGUUUCUUUGCUGUGCCCCAAGUGGAUUUCCUGGGCUUCACAAUUGAUGCCCAGGGAAUUCAUCCUACUUCCGGCCAUCAGGAACGCUCCUACUCCUACAUCGAAGGCGCAGCUACAAUCGUUCCUGGGGCUUUUAAAUUUCUACGCGCCUUUCAUCCCCCACAAGGCAUCACUAGCCGAGCCGCUACAUCGGUUACUCGACCGAUCCACGCCUUGGCAAUGGGGAAGCGCAUGCGUUCACGGCUGUCAAAUCCCUGCUGA